CACUGCCUGUGACAUCACUCCUGAAGCUCAAACCCCACGCUAAGCUCCCUUCAUUAGUCAGUCUGUUGGUCUGUCUCCUUUUCUAGAUCUACAGACCUUUGCACACCGGAGCAUGCUGCUCUGAGAAGAAGAGCUGUGGAAAUCAGAAGCACGGGGAAAGAAAGAAAAGAGGAUACAGAGAAAGAAACAAAGAAAAAAACAAAAGACAAUCUACAAUAUGAAAUUCAUCUCAGCUUGUUACUUGCUGCCUCUUUUCCCUGUUCUAGUUUUCAGCACUAGACACGGCUAUGAAGAACUGGAAAGACAACUGAAAGACGUCUUUAAGGAAAGGAGCAAUAUCCUCCGUCAACUGUCGAAGACCUCAAAAGAACUUGAAAGAAUUAAAGUAAACCUGCAGUCUUUGAAAAAUGAUGAGGCAUCUGCCAAAAGUGAUGUGCAGAAACUUCUGGAGUUAGGCCAAAAGCAAAGGGAAGAAAUGAAAUCUCUCCAGGAGGCCUUUCAAAAGCAGCUUAAUGAGGCAGCUGAGAAAGCAGAAAAACAGCAGGCUACUAUUAACUUUCUGAAAUCUGAAAUGGAAAGGAAGAGCAAAAUGAUCAGAGAUCUCCAGAAUGAGAACAAAAGCCUGAAAAACAAACUCCUGUCGGGAAACAAGCUUUGUGGUAUUCAUGCAGAAGAGUCAAAAAAGAUCCAAGCCCAGCUGAAGGAGUUUCGCUAUGGGAAAAAGGAUUUGAUUUUUAAGGCCCAACAGCUCACAGACCUGGAGCAAAAGUUAGCAAUUGCAAAAGACAAGCUGGAAAAAGCCGCCCUUGACAAAGAGUCACAGCUGAAAGCUCUGAAGGAGACUGUACAACUUUGCCUGUCUUCCGUUCUGCACAAUCAACCGCCCGCUACGAAUAUAAUCUCUUCAAAACCAACUGAGAAGCUGACAUCACAAGUUACAAAUGGCUCAAAAUUUCCAUUUCAAGUGACAAACACCAAGUUGUCUUCCAGGAAGAGGGAGAUCUUAUCAUUCAAGAACUCAGUGUUAUGCAAUGGUAUUUACUGUGUGAAGCAAGAAGACUCCUAUAGGACAAUUGGAAUUUCAAGUUUACACAACUCUACUAUUACCCCUCAUCGUUCAGAUAGCAAAAUGCCUCAGCAGAUAAGGAGACCCUUCAUGUUGCCUCAACAAAGGAAGCAAAUCAAAGUGUCCAGGAGUGCGAAUCACAAGAUGUUGGCAAGACUUGUUUGGGGAAGCACAAUAAUUCAACAUCUCCUCACCUCAAGGUGGCAGAAACAGAUCCUAGCUUUCAGAAGUUGCACAGCCCUCCAUGGAUUCAACCUGAAGCUAAAAAAUCAGCAGAGACAAAUGAGAAGAAGCAUGAAGAGUCAGAUAAAACAGAAGAACAAGCACUGUAAACAUUACUAAACUAUGUUAACAAUGUCCUUCAUUUGCUAUUGUAUUCAUAUUGUUUUUAGUCCAGAAGCAUGAUAAUGUAUCAAGUUUCUAAAGCAUGCGACUUUUUCACUAUUUUAUGAAUGUUUGUAAAUUAGUCUAGUUUCUGAAAUAGACCAAUUAGUAUCUCUCAGCAAUAAUCCAACAGAAAUGGAUGUUUGAAGAUAUGUUUUGUAAUACAGUCCAGUUUGAAAUAUUAUUCUGCCCUGAUCAGUAACUUGCUUAUUAUAAAUAAGUCUGUUUUGUAAAGAA